CCAGGUACAUAUUUUCAACUAUUUACAUUAAAAAAACCCUCAAAUGGUAUUAUAGUUUCGCGAAGGGACAUCACAAUGAAAAGUUAUAUAAAGUCAAUAUUAUUUUCAUACUUACUACAUAUAGCAACAGUAUCAGUUCGGGCCAGAUCGUCUGGUUUGGGGGGAGGAUUACAGUCGUCAAACACCUGGGAUGUUUCACACAAUGGGCUCAACUUUGGGUCAGGUGGAGUUGGUAGCUUUCUAUCAGAUAUAAUGGGUGGUAAUAGUGCAGGUUUAGGAAGAGGAGGAACAAAUGGAGAAGAAGGAGUACACAGGACAGGAAAUGGACAAAAACAAGAAUCACAAAGUUUCUCAGUAAGUUUAUUACUUGGAAAUAUUGCUAACAGCAUCUCGUCACUUGGAGACAACAUGGAAAAAGCAAUUGGAAAAGCAGUAUCUAUUAUGGCAGGAGGAAAUAACAAUUUAAGCGGAAGUGGUAAAUCAGGUUAUUCCGUCGAAAGUUCAGUAAACAUUGACAUACCAUCAUUUUUGACAGAGGUCCUAGAGGCUCCAAUUAAGUUAGUGCGAACGAUGGUGCGUUUGGUCGUGAAUUUGUCUUGGAACCUAAUAACAUUACAGUUCAAAGCAUUGAAAAUUCCUUUCUCUAUUAUCAAUAGAGUUGUUUCUAUAACUAGAACGGUCGUAGCAGCAGUCAUCUCAAGAUUAUUGAAUGCAGUCUUAAAAAUAAAUUCAUUGAAUGCUGAAAUAGUUUCUGGAGCAAUUGGAGCUGUGGAAUCUACUGUAGGAUAUAUAAUUAGUACAUUAGCUGACGUGCUAAUAUCUGGAAUACAGACAACUUCUAAUAUAAUCGGCUUUAGUGGAGAUCGUCUUAUGACAAUUACUAAAACUGCCUUUAAAACAGGCAUAAAUUUAUCAACUAACUUGAAAAAUUCAGUAGAAGAUGGCGUGAAAUUUUUAAACUUAGAUAAAAUACCCAAUUUGCCUGGAAUUAGAAACAUUAUUUCCAUAAUUUCCGAUGGUGUUAACUAUGGAUCAAGUGUUGUGUCCAAACAAUUUAACAAAUUAUUACAAUUCAUAAAUAAAAUUAUAUAUGAAAAUCAAGAUUUCUUUAUACCGCUUUUUAAACAAAUGGACAACAUCUUUUUGGCAGUACGCGAUGCAAUAAACAGAAUUGUGGAUGGCGGACAAUAUACAGAAAUAGGUGAAAUGUUUGGAAAAAUGCAGAAUCUUUUAUCUCCUCUGAUGAAUAGAAAUUGGCCAUUUAUAGGCGGAUUUAAUGGAACAAUGAAAAAUAUUUGUUCUAUGGUACAGGAUGAAUGUACAAAAUAUGCAGACUAUUCCGAAGUAGGAGAUGAUUGUUCAGGAGGACCUCUAGAAGAAUCAGGAUCCGAUUUUGAUGGAGAAACAUUUAACAGCAAUGAACGUUCAAGUAGUACACUAUUAGAUGGAGGUAAUAAUGGGGGAGUUGAGUUUGGUGGAGACGAAAUAUCUACUGCUAAUAACGGCUAGACUAAACCUCACAAACCAUUCUAUAAUGAAAUUUACAUAAAUAAGCAAAUGAAGAUAAUGCAUUAUUGGAUCUAAAUGCGUUGCUAUUGAAUAUAGAAUUUAAUCUAAA